AUCGUCAUUCCCCUCGGAUCGUCGGAGUAGAGGUGUUGGUAGCCUGUGGACCUCGAACCCGGAGAAACCUACGUUUACUACAUGUUCGAUGUUGUACAAUUAUUUUUUCAUAUGUGUAUGUACCACGUAUUAUAGUACAAUCACAAUGGCAAAAUAAACAUAGUAAGAAAUGUUGAAAGUAAUACCAGCUUUAAACGUUUCGUAAAUUCGUUGCAAUUAAAAGACUUUGUUUGAUAGAGCAGAACGCACUCGUUUUCAAGGCAAAAAUUCAAGACCUCUUGAUACCACACACAUGUCCAGUCAGUGACUACGUCCAGUCUUGUUAAAUUUGUAGUCAUUGCCUGAUAGUUAAUAAUGAACUUUCUAUAAAAAUGCCUUCUAUACGCGCACGUGCGUAUGUAUGUAUUGUAAAUUACAUGUCGAUUUAAGUUUCUAGAAAGCACGUUGUUAUAUUCUCCAUAUGUCACGUGACACGGCCAUGCGUCUCUUGUGCAACAUGGCGACCGGCAAAGGACUGGCAAUAGUUUUUCGACCAAAGGCUAUUAAUUUAAUCAACAAUAGUAAUUUAAAUAAAUUCUCGUGUGAUAUUGUACAAAGAUGUCGAACAUGUCACCGAUCUAUUACAACAGUAGUAUGGAGUGUCGGCAAGUGGGACUCAAGGAAAAUAGAAAAAUGUACAAUAGGAAAUUUAACUCAACCUCAAAGAGGCAUACACGUAACUAGCAAACUCUUAAAACGUAAUUAUUAUGAAAUAUUGGGUGUAUCCAAAAAUGCUUCAGCAAAGGAUAUUAAAAAGGCUUACUAUCAGUUGGCUAAAAAGUAUCACCCUGAUACAAAUAAAGGAGAUCCAGAUGCUAGUAAAAAGUUUCAAGAGGUUUCUGAAGCUUACGAAGUACUAAGCGAUGACACUAAAAGGAAAGAAUAUGAUACAUGGGGAUCAACAUCGGAACAAAUGGGAAUGGGACAAGGCGGAGGCGGUGGUCGUGCCAAAGACUUUAGCCAAAGUUGGCAGUUCAGAUCAUCGGUAAAUCCAGAGGACUUAUUUAGAAAAAUAUUUGGAGAUGCUGGCUUUCAAAGUGGUACUUUCGGUGAUUUUGAAGACUUUGCUGAAUCAAAGUUUGGUUUUGGUGCAGCUCAAGAGGUUGUUAUGAAUUUAACGUUUUCUCAAGCUGCCAGAGGAGUGAAUAAGGAUGUCCAGUUAAACGUAUUAGACACUUGCCAAAAAUGUUUAGGGUCGAGAUGCGAGCCGGGAACGAAAGCAGUUAGAUGCCAAUAUUGUAAUGGAACUGGAAUGGAAACGAUUAGUACUGGUCCGUUUGUGAUGCGUUCUACGUGUCGUUACUGUCAUGGUACCAGAAUGUUUAUUAAAUUCCCAUGUACCGAAUGUGAAGGAAAGGGACAAUCGAUACAACGCAAAAAAGUGACAGUCCCAGUUCCAGCUGGUGUUGAAGAUGGUCAAACAAUUCGAAUGGCUGUGGGUAACAAAGAAGUAUUUAUAACAUUCCGGGUGGAAAAGUCAAAAUACUUUCGAAGAGAUGGUCCAGAUAUACACACAGAUGCUCAAAUUUCGAUAUCACAAGCGAUACUUGGUGGUACAAUCAGAAUAGAAGGUGUUUACGAGGAUCACACAAUACAAAUUCGACCCGGUACUUCGUCCCAUACUAAAAUUCGACUUAGUGGUAAAGGAAUAAAAAAAGUGGAUGGCACAGGAUACGGAGAUCAUUACGUGAACAUUAAAAUUGCUGUACCUGGAAAAUUAAAUGAUAAACAGUUAGCAUUGCUCCAAGCUUACGCUGAACUUGAAGAAGACACCCCUGGAAGUAUACAUGGCAUAACGUACAAAACAGAUGGUUCGAAGCAAAGUUAUACCGGUCCUUUGCAUUUGGUGGAAUCUAUACGAAUAGCAUUGGGGGACAAAAAUGUUCCCAAUAGCCAGUGUUCAACUUCUGAACCCCAAGGUCCAGGAGAUCAACCCCUUAAUAAAACCAGAAUAAAGAACACUCGUAGGAGUGAUGAAGACGAUGACGCACCUCGAAGACGAGAAGUGUCUUAAAGUUUUAGUUUAAUCGUUAGAGAUUUCUCAUUAGAAUUAGUCCUUUGUAACAUCUAUAAAAGAAGUAAAGUCAAAGUAAAAGCAAAUAAUUGGUGUACAACAAGAUUUAAUAUAUUGACAUUACAAAUGUUAUUUACAUUUAAAUGAGAUUGACUGCAGUUUCUUGUCAUUAUUAAAAACAUAGAUUGGGAUCAUUGCUUAUCCCAUAUAUACAGAAAUUUUUUUUUUGAUACAACCAAACAAGGUAUGCAGCAAAGAUUGAUAGUUACAGUUCCACGUUAAUGAUAUACAUAUAUAUAUAUUAUUCGUGUAAUAAAUUACGCAAAUCGUUACGUUUCUAA